GCAUGAACAAAACUCACCCCCAGAGAGGUGUUCAUGUAGCUACUUUUGAUUCAACAAAGUCUUUCUCUGAAGCGAAAGCCUGCUGCACCCGGAGGAGGGUCUGCAUCUCUGCCGUGGCCCUGCUCGUCCUCGCUGCCCUCGCGACCAUCGUGGGUUUGGCCGCCACGCUGGGACUUCUGCUGCACGUGCCAGUGAACCGUUUCUGUGCAGCCUCUAAUAACCGGACAGGCUUCUUGUGCGAUGACGGAGUGACUUGUGUCCCAGCCAGCCACGUSUGCAACAGAAUCCGGGACUGCAGAAAUGGAGAGGAUGAGCAGGAGAAGCUCUGUGAUGACUUGCCCAGUAGCCUUCCAGGAUACCUGGUGUUCCACUGCAGUAACCCUCUGUACUGGAUCUACGCUGAUCAGAGGUGUAACGGGAUGAAUGACUGUGGAGACUGCUCUGAUGAGAUGGAGAGCUUGGCUGCCUGCCCUCCCUGUGGGUCUGAGUGGUGGAGCUGCACCCCAGUGCUCUACGAGUAUUGCACCUGCAUCCCAAAGAGACUGUGCCGGGAUAGCAUCCAGCACUGUGCUAGCUGGUCCGAUGAGUAUAUCUGCAAGCCGUGAAGCCUGGAUGUUGAGGGACACUGGAUGCCUCGUGGCACGUUCUGCAUUGUCACCUUUAAGCCUUGUUGUUGUCCUGCUGGCCACCCACUUGCUCUUGGAGUUCUAACCUAAGCACAGCCUGAUUCUGGGACACCUUCACGGGUUGUGUGAAGGGGAGUCUUUUCUCAUUUUAAAACAGGCAGCACAAAUUCAAUAAACCUGUUAGUUGUGGGAAGGCUGGAGACGGUCUCUGUGCUGGCAGCAGCUGGUGACCAGGUUCUAACCACAGAGCACCUGGGCUGAGGUGCUUCUGUAUUGAAAUGCUGGCUCCCUUAAGGAGAGUUAGAUGCAGGGACUGCAAAGGUGGGUUGAGGUUUAGCCUAAAUGGUAAAGCAGAUCAAACU